AUGCGGUGCUCGACGUGUCGAUUGUACGUGCCCCCUGAAGAUCAUCAAUGUUACAUGCAACCUGUGAAGAGAUCGAGUAAAGAGGACGACGACGAUACGGGUUUGCUCGAUGCCGAUGAUGAUAACGAUUCAUCUGAGAGUGCAUACAAUCAACUCCUCUUUUUCGAUUUCGAAUGCCGUCAAGAAAACGAGACGCAUGAACCCAAUUUGUGUAUCGUACACAACGAGGCGGGGGACGAAUGGGUAUUUCAAGGAGAUAAGACGAGAGACGAGUUUUGCGAGUGGCUCUUUACGAACGAACACGCAAACUGUAUCGUGAUGGCGCAUAAUUUCCAGGGUUAUGAUGGAUACUUUAUUCAAAAGUACCUGCACAAGAACGGUAUCGUUCCUGAAGUGAUUACGCGUGGGGCAAAGAUACUCACGUUAGAGGUUCCCGUCUUCAACAUGAAAUUCAUCGAUUCGUUGAACUUUUUACCGAUGCCGCUUGCUGCUUUUCCGAAAACCUUUGGCCUGAACGAACUGGCAAAAGGGUAUUUCCCACAUUUCUUCAACAAGAAAGAAAACGAGCACUACAUCGGCCCUAUACUUCCCAGUUCCUACAACAAUCCCGACGGUAUGAGUCCGGACGGCGAGAAAGCAUUUAUGACAUGGCACAACAACCUGAAAGAGAAUAAUUACGUUAUAACGAACAUUGAUCCGUUCGACCAGUGUUUGACCAUUGCAUCCGCGUGUAAUCUUGUGUACCGAACCAAUUUCCUCAAGGAAGACACGAUUGCCAUCAUUCCACCACACGGCUAUCAUCCCAAAGACAAACAUUCCAUUCUGGCCUUGAAAUGGUUACCCUAUUACUCCGAAAAGAAUGAGGCAUACAUCCAGCAUGCUCGUAAUGCUGGCGAGAAACGUGUGGAUAAGUAUUUGUUGGACGGUUACGACCUGGAAACGAGUACGGCUUACGAGAUUCAUGGAUGCUUUUGGCACGGAUGUUUGAAGUGUUAUGCCCGAGAUACCGUCAAUCCCGUGAAUGGAAAAUCGAUGCACGAUUUGCAUCAGGCCACGGUGGAGAAAGUCAACUACCUUGAGAACAAGGGGUACACCGUGGUUCAGGAAUGGGAAUGCGAUAUCAAACGAGAAUUGGGACGUAAUGAAGAGAUGAAACGGUACUUUGAUCAUUACGAAGUGAUUGACCCUUUGCAACCUCGCGACGCCUUCUUUGGUGGUAGAACCAACGCCGCCCAAUUAUUCCACAAAUGUGAAGAAGAUGAGAAGAUCAGAUAUUUAGAUUACACUUCAUUAUAUCCUUUUUGUAAUGCGAUGAUGCGAACGGUUGUUGGCCAUCCUCGAAUCAUUAGGGAGAAUUUCGAUCAAGACGUCUCCAAUUACUUUGGCUUGAUUAAAUGCACCGUGCUUCCACCGCGGGGUCUUUUCCAUCCCGUUCUUUCUUACCGUACCCAAGACAAGUUGAUGUUUCCCUUGUGCAAGACGUGUGCAGACACGUGUCAGCAGACUCCUUGUGCCCAUACCGACGACGAAAGAGCGAUUCGUGGAACGUGGUGCCACGUGGAAUUGCAAAAAGCGUUGGAGAAAGGGUACCGUAUCCUGCAGCUGCACGAAGUAUGGCAUUGGUCCGAGACCUCAGACGAAUUGUUCAAGGACUACAUCUACACGUUCCUAAAGAUUAAGCAAGAGGCAAGUGGGUAUCCCAAGGAGUGUGUGACGGAAGAGCAGAAACAACGAUACGUCGCAGAGUACUUGGAACAUCAAGGAAUUCAAUUGGAUCCUGGUAAAAUCGAGUACAACCCUGGUUUGCGUGCGCUGGCAAAGUUGAUGUUAAACUCGUUUUGGGGCAAAUUCGCGCAACGAACCAACAUGACUAAAACGGAAUUGAUCAAGGAUCCGCAAGUGUAUUAUGAUUACUUGAGCUCGGACGAGAUGCCCCGAAUUCUAGGACCAACGUCGUCAUCGCCGCCUUUACGACCGCUCAAAUUGUACGAUCUGUUGGACAUGUUACAAGAACGAGCCUUGUAUUACGACACGGAUUCGGUGAUAUUCGUAAGCAAACCUGAUGCACUUGAACCUUCGUUGGGUCCAUACCUCAGUGAAUUGACAGACGAAUUGAAAGGAGAGCAUAUUACGACGUUCAUAUCGUACCAGUACGAACAAGAUCGAGACAAAGAUACGAGGAAUUACCCUGGAUUGUACGGCAAGGCAAAAAAUAAAUUUUGA